AUGCAGUCUGCAAGUGUGGCAACAGACGUGCAUGCAAUUUGUCCGAGUGUGAAGUGCAAGUGCGGCAACAGAGGUACAUGCAAUCUGUAUGAAUGUGACUACAAUGCAGUCUGCAAGUGUGGCAACAGAGGUACAUGCAAUCUAUCCGAGUGUGACUGCGAAACAGUCUGCAAGUGUGGCAACAGCUGUACAUGCAAUCUGUCCGAGUUUGACUGCAAUUCAGUCUGCAAGUGUGGCAACAUAUGUACAUGCAAUAUGCCCGAGUUUGAAUGCAAUGCAGUCUGCAAGUGUGGCAUCAGAGUCUGCAAGUGUGGCAACAGAGGUACACGCAAUCUAUCCGAGUGUGGCUUCAAUGCAGUCUGCAAUUAUUGCAACAGCUGCACAUGCAAUCUGUCCGAGUUUGACUUCAAUGCAGUCUGCAAGUGUGGCAACAGAGUCUGCAAGUGUGGCAACAGAGGUACAUGCAAUCUGUGCGAAUGUGGCUGCAAUGCAAUAUGCAAGUGUGGCAACAGAGGUACAUGCAAUCUGUACAAAUGUGGCUGCAAUGCAGUCUGCAAGUGUGGAAACAGAGGUUCAUGCAAUCUGUCUGAGUAUGACUGCAAUGCAUUCUGCAAGUGUGGCUACAUAAGUGCAUGA